AUGACAGAUAAAAUCGAUGACACAGAAUUAGAAACAUCUACAACACCAGGAUACAACCCAGGCGAGAAGAAGACGGUCGACGAGUACGCUAAGUUAGAUCAACAUGACGAAUCUUUGAAUAAGUGGAAAGCUUCACUUGGUAUAACUGGUGAUGCUUCCGCACCAGCAGACAAACCAAAGGUGGAAUUCUUGACUUUGUCAUUAGAAGCUCCAACUUUAAAUAAUCCAAUCAAGUUCAACUUAUCAGACUUUAUACCAAAUCAAUCAGCCGAAUCCAAGCAACACUUGAAAUCCAACCCUGUAAAUAUUAAGGAAAAUUCUGAUUAUAACGUCAAGCUUGACUUCAAAGUCAAUUAUGAUGUCAUUUCAGGUUUGAAAUACGUUCAAGUCGUCAAGAGAUCAGGUAUUACCGUUGAUAAAUUACAAGAAAUGAUCGGUAGUUACGGUCCUAAGGCUGAAGUUUACGAGAAGAGGUUCCCAACAGAAGAAUCACCUUCUGGUAUGUUAGCAAGAUCAGGACAAUACCAAGUCAGAUCUAGGAUCACAGAUGACGAUGGCAAUCUUUAUUUGGAUUUCGAAUGGUCGUUUAAGAUAACGAAAGAAUGGUAA